AUGACUGAAGUAGAAAAACAAAAAUUUAGAAAUGACACAGAGUUUUAUGAAAUUGUACGAACUUUUCAUGAAUUGGUGACUGAGAUCAAUAAAAGUUAGUAAUCAUUAUAUUAGGUUUUCACAAAGGAAAAAAGCAAUAUCAUAAAAAGAAUAAUCAUCAUAUGAAAUAAGGUUAAAUUCAGAAAAAAACGAAACGAAUAUAAAAAUAACCUAUAAAACUGGAAUUCGGAAGGAAUCAAUAUCACAUCAAAAUAGCAUACAAGAUUUUUUAUUUGAACUCUACAUCAGAAAACUCCUUAAUCUCAAUGGACAAAUGGAAUCCUCUUCAACAAUCAAUGAAAAUAGUUAAACAACCGGAGGAUAUUGACAUCAAGAAAAAGUAUGUUUAAAUUGUUGAGCAAUAAUCAGGAAAAAGAGAAGCAGCUUGA